AUGGCACCCAAGCAUAAGGCAAUUGUCUUCUCCGACUUUGACGGAACCAUCACUCUCAAAGACAGCAAUGACUACCUCACCGACAACGUCGGCUACGGGCACGAAAAGCGCCGCGCCGGCAACAUCGAGAUCCUCGAGCACCGCGUGACCUUCCGCGACGCCUUCCGCGAGAUGCUCGAGUCCGUCUCGGUCAACAAGCCCUUCCCGGAGUGCAUCGAGCUUCUCCGCGCCAACAUCAAGCUCGAUCCUGGCUUCAGCACCUUCUAUGCAUGGUGCCUGUCGCAGGACAUCCCCGUGAUUGUGCUCUCGAGCGGGAUGGAGCCCAUCAUCCGCGCGCUGCUGACGGACCUUGUCGGUCCCACGGCGGACAAGAUCCCCAUCAUCAGCAACCAGGUCAAGAUCCACGAGGACGGCAAGGGCUGGGAGAUUGUCUACCAUGAUGAUAGCGACUUUGGACAUGAUAAGAGUUUGGCGAUUAAGCCGUAUAAGGACUUGCCGGAUGAGGACCGGCCCGUGCUGUUUUAUUGUGGGGAUGGAGUGAGUGAUUUGAGUGCGGCCAGGGAGACGGAUUUGUUGUUUGCGAAGGUUGGGCAUGAUUUGAUCACAUACUGCGAGCGGGAGAAGGUCCCGUUCACGGUGUUCCACGACUUUAAGGACAUCCACGAGACUGUCAAGGAGAUCAUUGAGGGCAAGGCCACGGUCAAGGAGGUGGCCGAGAGGCCGCAGAAGGAGAAGGAAUUUGGGAAGGAUAAGGAGAUCCUGAAUUAG